AUGAGGUCCCACGCCCUCGCUCCCUUCACAUUCGAGCUCCUCCCGCUCGGCUCCGUACAGCCCCGGGGGUGGAUCCGCGAUCAACUGAAACUCUGCGCAGCUGGAUUGGGCGGCAAUCUGUACAAUUUUCACCGUUACGUUAAAGACACCAGCUGGCUUGGUGGUGAUGUCGAAUACAGUCCCUUGCGCGAGUCCGCUCCCUACUGGUACAAUUACAUCGUACCACUUGCCUAUAUCCUCGACGACGAUGACUUGAAGAAACAAGCCAACGAAUUCCUCCAACGCACCCUCAAGAACCAACAUGCAGAUGGAUGGAUCGGACCGGAACAUACAAAGCACGGCCGAGGAAUUUGGGCGCGAUGUCUUGUCAUGAUGGGCAUGGUUAAUCAUGCCCUUGCCGAUCCGUCCCAGUACGAUCGCAUUGUGGACUCACUGCUCCGUUUCACAAGACUUAUUAAUUCGAUGUUGAAGGACAAUUAUCAAGGUCUUAUUCCUCAUCCUGGUGAUGAGUUUGAUGAAUUUUGUAUUACGCGCGCGCAUGAGCUAUCUACGUCAUUGCAGUGGUUGUAUGAGCAGGUGAAAAACAAGCGGGACAAGGAAAUGAUUUGGGAAACAAUGGAUCUUGCUUGGGAGGCUACCCGUGUCGGUGACCGGGACUGGUCCAAGUUCUUUACCGAAGAGGAAUUUCCAAAGAAGCCAGCUGCUCCAGGGUCAACUCUCAUCAAACACGUGGUGAACGUAUCAGAGGCACUACGAUAUAUGCCACAGCUCUACCGGAUGAAUCAUGAUCAUGAGCUGAUUGCAAAGACCCGUCAAUCCGUGGAUAUGUCUUUCAAGUAUCACGGCACAACAUUUGGAGCACUUGCAGGUGAUGAAUUCUUGGCUGGUGUGCAUCCCAAACGGGGCGCGGAACUCUGUGGAACGGCAGAAUUGAUUUUCUCGCUUUCAUAUAUGUAUCGACUGUUUGGCGACAACAGCUAUGCCGACAGAGCCGAGCUUGCCACAUUCAAUGGGUUGCCAGCGGGUAUGACACCGGACUGGUGGGCUCACAAUUAUCUAACACAAAGUAAUGAAACCUGGGCGAGGAAUCUUGAGAACUGGCCAUUCUACAACUGUGGAGGACGCGCCCUGGUGUAUGGGCUAGAAGUGAAUUAUGCUAUGCCCAAAUUUGCAAUGAACGCUUUUGUUGCGAGUGCAGAUUUGAGGUCUAUAUCGCACCAGUUCCUCGUUCCAGCAGAAGUCACUGUUCCUGUCAAAGGAGAAAAGCCUAUACACAUCGUCAGCGAGACACACUAUCCGUUCGAUGAGAGGAUUACCUACAAGAUUGAGACUAGUCGGCCUUUCAACUUCUAUAUUCGUGUUCCAGAAUGGGCCACUAAAGGUACCACAGUGAACAAAACUCUUGACACUGAUGAAGUCAGAGAAGAAACAGUAGAAGUGGAUGCCAAUAGUCUUUAUAAGAUUGCUAUCUCACCGGGCAAGACUGCGUUUAGGAUUACACUGAAUGCUGAGAUUCGUGUUGUGCCGCGAGCGAACAAUGCCGUUGCCAUAUACCGAGGCGCACUCCUAUAUGCCAUGGAAAUUCCACACAAGGCCAAGGUCGGCCCGCCGACGCAUUUUGCCGAAUGGAAACCCUUGCCAGAUGCCGAUUACUCUUCCAAGCUCCGUGAUGUAGAAUACAUACCCGCAGCUGACUGGCAAGUAGCCAUUGAUCCCUCCCAAGCGCACUUUCACCGGUCGGAAGUGAAAGGCGAUCUGCCUAACCCUAUUUUUGAAUCUGGCGCACCGCCAGUCACUAUCAGUGUGGCCGGAACGAAGAUCUCGAACUGGAAACUAGAGGGCGACUGCGCAGGACUUCCACCGGCUGACCCAUCACCCACCGGUAAGCCUUUUACUGUGAAGUUGGUUCCAUUCGCAAGCGCAAAGCUGCACAUUUCGGAGUUUCCUGUGAGCAAGGCGACGCUGCAAUCGACGCAAUCAAAAAAGGAGAGCGGAUCCGACGCAAAGAUCGAGUGGGUUGGAUGCGACAUGGGCAGUUUGAAGCAGGUCAAGGAAGUAUUUACGAAGAUGAGGGAGAGGGAGGAGAGGCUCGAUUUGUUGGUGUUGUCAGCCGGCAUCAAUGCGAACCAAUACCGCGAAACGGACGAUAAGAUCGACUCCCAUUUCCAGAUCAACUGGCUCGGUCAGUUUUAUGCUGUCAAUCAGUUGUAUCCGCUCAUACGCAAGACGUCGAAAUUGCCCGAUACCCCAGCGCCCAGGAUCGUGUGGGAGUCCUCAGAACUACAUCGCCUGUCUCCAUCUGACGUCAAAUUCGAAUCGAAAGAGGAAAUCAAUAACCCCAAUAUUGGAAGUGCGGAGUUAUAUGCCCGUACAAAGUUGGCGAUUAUCCUGGGUGUAGAUUUUGGACUUGUGCAGAGGGUCAUCAAGCCUAAUCAUGAUAACGUCAACACAGCAAUGCAACAGCAAUGGAAAGAAGCCUACCCUGGCCUCCUCGGAAAACUCCUCACAACCACCAUGAUCGCAAUGAGUCGAGAUCCCGAACAAGGCUCCUACAGCGCACUGUAUGCCGCUGUCAGCCCCGAGGUCGAAGAAAAGGGUUGGAAUGGGCGUUACUUCACAGAUCCGGGUCAAUUGGGUCAGCGGUCAAAGCAGGCUUCUGAUCCGGUGUUGGGGGAUAAUCUCUGGAAACUGAGUGCGAAGUUGAUUCGGGAUGUUGUUGGUGAGGAUGCGAUGGUUGACUGGAAUUCAUCAUAA